AGCGAGGGCUAUAAAAGAAGACCAUGGCCGCCAUGGACCGCUGAGAAUCUCCAGGUAGCCCUCGACCGGUUCAGCACCGCCAUUAUGACGCGCCAAAGCCUCAUACAUGCUUCGGCCUGCCUUUCGUAUUUUCUCACCUUGACGUCCGGUCAGUCGCCCAUCAGUUCCAAGACGGGCUGGAGCACCACGCUAGCUGGCACGCCUACUUCUUUCAACCCCAUCUUUACCAUUCCCCCGUCAGCCGAUGUGGGCGUUCAGCAGAUUCCCAACAUUUACGACCCUCAAGCUGUAAACGCACAGGAUGUUUGCCCCGGCUACAAGGCAUCGGGCCUUGCGGAAAAUGAACGCGGACUGGCGGCUACGUUGACCUUGGCCGGAAAGCCGUGCAAUGUCUAUGGCACCGAUAUCCAGGAAUUGGAUUUGAAGGUCGAAUAUCAGGCCAAGGGGAGGCUGGCAGUGAAUAUUGUUCCGAAAUACCUUGAUGCAAGAAAUCAGUCCCAGUGGAUUGUGCCUGAAGAUCUUAUUCCUCGGCCUCAGGCUGAAGACUCGUUCAAGGAUACCGACUUGAAGUUUAACUGGGGAAAUGAGCCGUCAUUUUGGUUCAAUGUCGAGCGCCGCUCUACCGGGGACAUUCUCUUCACCACCGAGGGAACACACCUCGUGUAUGAGAACCAGUUCAUCGAGUUUGUCAACAGCUUGCCGGAAGACUACAACCUUUAUGGCUUGGGUGAACGGAUCCACGGUCUUCGUCUCCACAAUAAUUUCACUGCGACCAUCUACGCUGCUGACGUGGGUGACCCAGUCGACCGGAACCUGUACGGUAGCCACCCGUUUUACCUCGAGACUCGCUACUUUGAAAAGGGCAGCAAGACUCCAUUGAAGCAAUCCCAGAUCCAGCAGGACAGCUUCAGCUCGCGUGAUAAAUCCAAGGGGUCGCCCUACGAGUCGCGCUCCCACGGCGUGUACUACCGCAACACCCAUGGUAUGGAUGUAGUCUUGAAACCGGAUCACUUGUCGUGGAGGACCCUGGGAGGAGCGAUUGAUUUGUACUUCUAUGACGGACCUUCGCAGGCUGAGGUUACAAAGGAGUACCAGAAGUCGGCCGUUGGCCUGCCAGCCAUGCAACAGUACUGGACAUUCGGUUACCACCAGUGCCGCUGGGGCUACCGCAAUUGGACCGAGCUACGCGGAAUUGUCGAGACGCUCCGGGACUUUGAUAUUCCAAUGGAAACUAUCUGGCUUGACAUUGACUACAUGGAUCAGUACCGCGACUUUACGCUGGACCCAGUUAGUUUCCCUCCUUCUGAAGUCGCCGACUUUUUUGGAUGGCUACAUGGAAACAACCAGCACUUUAUCCCCAUCGUUGAUGCAGCCAUUUACAUUCCAAACCCUCAAAAUGCAAGCGAUGCGUACGACACGUAUACUCGCGGCAAUGAAUCUGGCGUCUUCAUGACCAACCCAGACGGCAGCCAGUAUAUCGGUGCUGUGUGGCCCGGAUAUACUGUGUUCCCCGACUGGCUGUCGACAAAUGGUGUUUCGUGGUGGGUAAAGGAGAUGGUCGAGUGGCACAAGGAAGUCCCAUUUAGUGGUUUCUGGGUCGACAUGACCGAGGUGUCUUCCUUCUGCGUUGGAUCCUGCGGUACCGGCAACGUCACCAUGAACCCGGUCCAUCCACCGUUUUCGCUCCCGGGUGAACAGGGCAACAUCAUCUACGACUACCCAGAAAGCUUCAACAUCACUAACAGCACCGAGGCCGCUUCUGCAUUGGCUGCCUCAUCCAGUCAGGCGGGCAUCACAUCAACUUCGACGGCGACGGCGACUGUGGUAUCUACCUCUACUUCUUCUAGCUACUUCCGCCCUACUGUUACGCCCGGCGAGCGAAACGUCAACUACCCUCCAUAUGUCAUCAACCACGUGCAAAAUGGCGCUGAUCUGGCCGUCCAUGCCGUCAGCCCCAACGCAACCCACGAGAAUGGCAUGCAGGAAUACGAGGUGCACAACCUUUUUGGCCACCAGAUCAUCAACGCCACCUACCAAGGUCUUCUCUCGGUUUUUCCUGGCAAACGCCCUUUUAUCAUCGGACGUUCGACGUUUGCUGGCAGCGGCAAGUGGGCUGGCCAUUGGGGCGGUGACAAUGCUUCUCGAUGGGCCUACAUGUUUUUCUCCAUCCCCCAAGCGCUCUCAUUCUCGCUGUUUGGUAUUCCCAUGUUUGGUGUUGAUACUUGUGGAUUCAACGGAAACACUGACAUGGAGCUUUGCGCUCGGUGGAUGCAGCUAUCGGCUUUCUUCCCCUUUUACCGCAACCACAACACUCUCUCUGCCCUUUCGCAGGAGCCUUUCCGCUGGGAGGCCGUGGCGUCUGCAUCGAGGACUGCCAUGCACAUCCGAUACUCGCUGCUUCCGUACAUGUACACGCUUUUCAACGAUGCGCACAAGACCGGAUCAACCGUGAUGCGCGCGCUGGCAUGGGAGUUUCCUAAUGAGCCCCAGCUCGCUGGUGUAGACACACAGUUUUUGCUUGGACCCAAUAUCCUGGUGACUCCUGUCCUGGAGCCCCAAGUCGACACGGUCAAGGGUGUUUUCCCGGGAAUUGUUGAUGGCGAAACUUGGUUUGAUUGGUAUUCUGGUGAGCAGGUCCGAGCAGAAGCUGGUGUCAACACGACCAUCUCGGCACCUUUGGGCCAUAUCCCUGUGUACGUUCGUGGAGGCUCCGUCUUGCCUAUCCAACAGCCUGGCUACACGACUGCCGAGUCCCGCAAGAACCCCUGGGGUCUCAUUGUCGCGCUCUCCAGCCAAGGCGCCGCAUCUGGCCAUCUGUACAUUGACGAUGGCGAGUCAAUUGAGCCGGAAUCAUGUCUAGACAUUACAUUUGCCGCUAUGAGCGGAAAGCUCAAGGUCGAUGUUCAAGGCGCGUUCAAGGACUCAAACGCACUCGCCAACGUGACUGUGCUGGGCGCUCCGGCGGUCGGACAGGUCAAGUUGAACGGCCAGACGAUUGACGCAAGCAAAGUCAACUACAACAAGACCAGUAGCGUCUUGAAGCUCACAGGUCUGAACGACCUAACGAGUGCAGGAGCCUGGACGAACGGCUGGACCCUGAGUUGGGAGUAAGUAAGCGAAAAAGCGACUGUAGAAAUCAUCCCUAUCAGUCUUUACGACUGUACAAACCUAGCGCUCGAUUAGCGAGUGUAAU